CAAUUCGUCCACUUCAUGGAGCAACUAUGGUAGAUCUAGACUCUAAACUACUGGUAUGGGGUGGUUUGGAUCUUAAAUGCUAUGAGUGCAGAGAUGAUAUGCUUGUCAUCGAAGAAUUGCCUCGACAGAGAAGAAGUGGUGCUCUGCCUCACUUCGAUGUGACUUGGGUUCAGACUGCAGAUGCACAAACAACAUCUCGGAUGGGUUUAGAGUGUAAAAAUCAGACGGGAGCUAUACCAUCUGGCAGAGGUGGACAUUCCAUGACUAAAAUACCAGGAUCAAACAAAGUGUUUCUUUUUGGUGGCUACUCAAUCAACAGAAACAAUAGUAUUGCCCGAUGGCAAAAAUCUUGCAAUGAUGGCAGACUGUACAUUCUAGAUACAGACUCAUAUGAAUGGAAAAAUGUGAAAGUACCCUUGAUCCAGGCCCGUGCAUUCCACAGUACAAACAUAUUGGAAAUAGAUGACAAAUUUGUGAUGCCAAUAAUUGGCGGAGUAAUAUUCAUUGAAGGAGCACCUACAUAUCGAGAAUCACUCAAUGAAAUAACAAUUGUGAGCAUGAACAAACAACUUAAACAAUUCUCCUUGUCAGAGAUCUCUCUUUUGCCUGGGUCACCUGAAACAUCUAGUACAUACCUAUCCUCCCAUGCAUCUGUGGUACAUAAUGGAAGUGUAAUAGUAGUUGGCGGGGUUCAAGAUUUGGAGAGAGAAAUCAAGAAGGGCAUAGCACCCAAGGCUAGUGCUAGGGCAUUCUUUUUUAACUUCAAAUUGAACACCUACCAACUUCUUCCCAAAACUUUUCAUGCUGAAUCUAUAUUUUCUACGUAUGGACUAACAGUUCAUAAUUUGGUUGGCGAUGACACCAUACUUGUCUUAGGUGGGUCAUCUCGACAAAUCUCACUGCUUUCUGACCGUAGCUAUGAACCUCAAGAGUGUGACUAUGUACCAUGCACAAUUGCAGAUUCACCACAUUCAGGUGACCCAACAUGGAUUCAAUGUGACAGAUGUCAUAAGUGGUUGCACACAACUUGCAUUAAGCUGAAACAAAUUCCAGAAGGGAAGUACUUUUGUACCAACUGUAAGCGAUAAAGCUUUGGAGUUGAUGUGUUCCCUUUAUGUACAUGUUCCAAUUGUACACUUACAAUAAGAAUGAAUAUUGAUGAUUAAGAGGAUCUAAAUGAUUGCAAACCUAAAUAAUCAUGAACAUGUAAUCAUGAAGUAAACAUUCUUUGUACAUUGCCAUUUAUCUGAAAGGCACUUUGAAAUAAAAUGUUUGAGACGUAUAAAUAAAUAACAUUUGCUCAUUAUAAGCUGCAUCAACUGAGUUAAACAAUAUUGAGACAGGAGAAAUUUAUUCAUAUUUGUUGUAUGGAAAAAUAAACACAUGGUCCACCUUGGUGUAGGUAAUCAAUUUUACAGUGGAUUUUUAUAUACAAAGCUAUGUACAUGCAGUGGGUAGUUGCAUACGGUAAGUAAUACUACAUAUAAUACGUAUAUAAAUCCAAUCUCAAUGGAUCAAAAAAUCAUGACUUUUCCUGUUCAAAAUGGCAUAUAUUGUUACAACAGUAGAAUAUAAUGAUUAUCCAGAGCUAAUUGCCUUAAUGUUCCUGCUCUUUGAUCCAAUAUCGGCCUCCUAACAUGUAUGUCUAAGUUAAAAAUGAAAUUUUGAAUACCAGGGUAGUUUCACAAAGAUCUGCUGGCACCGAUAAUUUAUGCUGAAUCAAUUAUCCGACUAAAAGUAAAAAAAACAAAUGCUUCUGAGUACUGUGGCCCGUUGCAAAAAGACUUGCACUUUUAUCUUGUAGUGGACAGUUAACGACUUAAAUCCCAAAAUUUACAAAAUUUCUUCUCGGGGGGGGGGGGGGGGGGGGGGGCUA